UUCAUUGCGGGUAGUCAUGACAUUGCUGCCUGGUUGCCUGCGGCUGCCAGCCGGCACGGGCACGGGUGGCUCUGCCACGGGCACGGGUGGCUCUGCCUGCCCCGGGCAACGCUGAGAUUCCCGCCGCCGGCUCCUUAACCGAACCCGGGACACGCUGCCAUGCCGGCCAUCCUGCUCUUCUGGAGCCGCGCCGAGAGGAAUAAAUACUCGGCUCCCGGCAGCGUCGCCGCCGUCAUGGGCAAGGACUAUUACAAGAUUUUGGGCAUCCAGUCCGGCGCCAACGAGGAUGAGAUCAAGAAAGCCUAUCGGAAAAUGGCCCUGAAGUAUCACCCCGAUAAGAAUAAAGACCCCAACGCCGAGGAGAAGUUCAAGGAGAUUGCGGAGGCUUACGAUGUCCUGAGUGACCCCAAGAAACGAGCUGUUUACGACCAGUAUGGGGAGGAAGGUCUCAAAACUGGAGGUGGCUCUUCAGGAGGCUCAGGGAACACUUUCCACUACACCUUCCACGGAGACCCUCAUGCCACCUUCGCAUCCUUCUUUGGAGGCUCCAACCCUUUUGACAUCUUCUUCGCUAGCAGCCGCUCCCGGAUCUUCAAUGGCUUUGACCAGGAAGACAUGGAUAUCGAUGACGAUGACGACCCUUUCAGUGCCUUCGGUAGGUUUGGCUUCAAUGGCAUUAACGGGGUUCACCGGCGGCACCAAGAGUCCCUGCACACACGGAGGAAGGUCCAAGACCCACCCGUUAUCCAUGAGCUCAAGGUGUCCCUGGAAGAGAUCUACCAUGGCUCCACCAAGAGGAUGAAGAUCACCCGCAGAAGGCUCAACGCUGAUGGCCGGACCAUGCGGACUGAGGACAAGAUCCUAAAUAUUGUCAUCAAACGGGGUUGGAAGGAGGGAACCAAAAUCACAUUCCCCAAAGAAGGGGACGCCACCCCGGACAACAUCCCUGCCGACAUUGUCUUCAUCCUCAAGGACAAGCCUCACUCACACUUCAAGAGGGAUGGGACGAAUGUGGUCUACACGGCAAACAUCAGUCUUAAAGAGGCCUUGUGCGGCUGCACUGUGAACAUUCCCACCAUCGACGGGCGGGUGAUCCCGCUGCCCUGCAACGACAUCAUCAAGCCGGGGACGGUCAAGAGACUGCGUGGGGAGGGGCUGCCCUUCCCCAAGGCCCCCAGCCAGCGAGGAGACUUGAUCGUGGAGUUCAAAAUCCGCUUCCCGGACAGAAUAGCUCCCCAGACGAGACAGAUCCUCAAGCAGCACCUCCCGUGCUCCUAGAGACCCCCCGGGGGGAGAAACUCUCCUCCAAGCAGCAAUACUCCAAACGCACGUGCCGCAGCACCUGGCCCACAUGGAGCACAGGUGCCACAGCACUUCCGAAUGCAAAAAAGAAAAAACAACAACAAAACAAAACAAAAAAAAAACAAACAACCAUCCCAUCACACCACUUCCCUUCCCCAAAAAUCCCACCCAACCCGCCUUCCCCCCCAUCCAUCCCAUCCCAUCCAUCCCUCUUGGCCUGUUUUCUACUCCAGCAGCUGGGAGGCUCCUGCCCAUCAGAGCUCUCCCAGCUGCUGGACUAUGGUUUUUGGUUUUUUUUUUUUCCCCGGAAGGUCCAGCUUUUCCACCUGGCACAAGCCGGGGCAGGAGGUGGGCCCUUUGGCCCCCGGGGAGGCGCGUCACGUUGUGGGUUUUUAUGUCACCUGCUUUUCAGGCCACUUUUCCCCACGAAAAGCUGGACUUGUCGGGGUCCGGCGCCAUGUAAAUAGGACUCCGCAGGUUCUGGCGUCCCCGCUGUUAGGUUUUUUUUUGGUUUGUUUUUUUUUUUUUCCUCUUCCCCUCUUUGAUACUUGCUGCUCUUCGGGGUCCCCGGUUGUCCCGCGGCGCUGGUCGCGGUGGCCUCCCCCACGACUCCGCCACCCCGUAGCUGGACUGUUUCUCACCCGGGACCGCGGUACCGAGUCCGGCCGUGGCCCUCACUCCUGUGCCAAGCCUACACAACCGAGCCUCGGCUGUGCCAAACGCCGUGGGGACGGUCCCCUCCAUCCUCCUGCCCCUGCCCGGGGCUGUCCCCGCUGCCCCAGCCAGCCGCAGGAGGUGGGGGAGAAGCCCAGGCUGGAGCUUUCUUCUUGUUCAGAUGUGUUGAGUUUUGCAUUGCUGCUUUUAUAAAUACAUAUAUAUAGAGCUCGUUAGAUAAACUCUGCAAGGGUUUUUUUUUUUUUUUCUCUGCCCAUUUUGGGAUUCCUGGCGUGGUGCACCCUGACUUCUUUUUUUUAAAUUUUUUGUCUUUUGAGGGGAAAAGAUGGUUCAGCCACACAAACACCAAGCCCGUCGCAGUGCGGGGGUGUAGGGGGUGUGUAGCACAAGUCUGGGUGCAAAAGCGGAGCCAAGCGUGAGCAGAGCUGUGGGUUUCACUAGCGUUUGAGUUCGACCUUAGGGUUUUUAAUAAGAAGAGAAAGGCACGUGUAUAUAUUUUUCUACAGGGACGAUUCAUUCAGGAGAUCUUUCUGGGCGUCAGGGUGGAGCUGGGAGGCGCAUGAGGCAGUCUGCUUGGUGGCUUCGUUUUCAAAUGCUGUAUUUUUUUAAAACCUUCGGAUUUCCAUCAGGAGACUUUUUAUAUUUCUUACCUUUCUCGGCCCACUCUGCCUCUUGCCAGGUUUUUUUUUUUUUUUUUUUGGGCUUUUUUUUUUUCCCGAGAAAGAGCUCCUACAGAGUGGGAGGCGCGUUCCACCCGGCUGUGUACAGCUCCUCUUCCACCACAGCACCGCCAAGAAAAAAAACCCUGCCAAAAUAUUCCCCCCGCCCCGGGAAUACAUUUUUUUUUUAUUAAAAAAAAAAAAAGUCACUGACUUUUAAAUAGGGGAUCUCUUGGGGCAGGGGGGGUCUAGUGCGGGGCAUCCAUGGGGGCUGGGUGUACAGCUGUACAGUGUAUCAUACAGGGCGAGGAGAGCUGUUAGGCACUGCUUAAUUAAUUAAUUGCCCGGCUUGGCCGGUGAGGGGAUACUGACAGUUCCCUCCCCUGGUCCCUGUGGAGUUCGAGACGCAGAGAAAAACCUGGUGGACACGGCGAUCGAGAAGACAGGCCAGCGCGCAGAUGCAAGCUGCUUUGUUUCUCUCGGUUUCAAUGAGACCUGAAUGUUUUAUAGUGGGGAUUUUUUGUAAUUUUUUUCUUUUUUUUUUUC